ACCGAGGCCCGUGAUGCGGCCAUCCGAGAGGCCAAGCAAUAUGUCCGCGACAUCGUGCGAAAUGACUGGGUCUUCGAACUGUCCCCGGAAUACGGCAUCCCCUCGUUCUCAUCACCGCCCACGCCGGAGCAGGACGUGCUCGAAUGGCGCUUGCGCGAAUACGACAGUUCCGGCUCCGAACUGGAACCCCAGUCCUCCCCGACCAUCAAUCCCGCUGAUGUCCAGCAGCUGCCGGGCUUCACGCCGUCGGAGAUCUCCAGCCCGAUCGCGACACCCCUGGGCGAUGAUUCGGAGCGCCGGCGCAAACGCCGCCGCCAGAUGGAGGAGGAGAUGCGCUGGAACGAAGGGCUGCGAGCGUGGGUGGAGCGACGAGAUGCGUGGUCGGGCGCCCACACCAAGGACGAGAUCCGCGCCAAAACCCUGAAAAAGCAUCAACGGCAGCAGGAGGAGGGGCACGCAACGGAGUCCUCGUUAUCGUCAUCGGACGCGGCAGUACAGAGCCCGCCAAGGUCUCCGACAAGCGACCUUGUCGCACGGACAGAAGCCGCCCUUAGUCUUGGAGAGCCGAAGAACCUGGCGCAGCUGGACGGCGAGGAGGCUGAGCCGUCAACAGUUACGGACGACAAGAAGGAACCGACUGCGUCCACGGAAACCAUCAUCACCGAACCGGGCCCCCAGAAAGAGACCUCCAGCGCCACCACGGAGACUUCAUCCUCAGAACAACCGCAAGCGCAACAGCCGCUCCGAACACUCGAAGAGCCUUUCAUUCCCGUCGUCCCCUCGCUGAUCUCUGGGACCAAUCCCAUCCGUGCCUCCAUCACGCCAGCCAUGUACCCCUCCAUCUACUCCAAAGUUGUCAUCCAGGGCCUCACGCCCACUGUCCCUAUUAACCUCGCCGACGUCACCAAAGCCAUGGUCCAAGGCUGGAAGGCCGACGGCCAAUGGCCCCCCAAACCGACCCAGACCUCGAUUGUUCUCCAGGACGACGCGACCAUCCCUCGCCGACCGGAGGACAGCACCACGACGGCGGCAGCAGCAGGCGGGGACCGGGCGCCAUCAUCGCCCGAGUCGAAACGCCGCUCCGGCGUUGCCAGUGCCGUCCGCAAGGUGUUCCAUUUCUCGGGGUUCCACCCCCACCCGUUCCACCGGAGAGGCUCCUCCAGUCAACAG